AAUAAAUUUAUGCGCGGCCAUUAAAUAUGGUCGGCUGGUGGUCCAAUAUUCCGGAUAAAAAAAAUGUCGUGCGGAGUAGGUCAAGAUGAGUGAGCUGGGUGCGAUGUGCUCGGAUUUAUCCUUUCCAUUUCUAUAUUCCUUUUAAUGGCGGAUUGGGAAAGUAAGGACUAAGGACGGCGAGAAUAGAAAGAGAGAUCGAGCAAGUAAAAGCUGGUUUUUUUUUACGACUGAUUGAUCAGUGAAGAAGUUGGAAAGCAAUCGAUCGAUGUUGGGGGCGAGCAGGGCAAGGGCUAGUAUCGGAGCUACGGCGGUCGGCGGCGGGGCUGGGUGGUGGGCUGACGACAUGAGUCUUACCGGAUGCCGGGCAGUGGAGACGGAGUUCGUCCGGAGAUACCACAGGCACGAGCCUAGGGAGAACCAGUGCAGCUCCGCUCUCGUCAAACACAUCAAGGCUCCCAUUCACCUCGUUUGGUCUUUGGUGAGGAGAUUUGAUCAGCCUCAGAAGUACAAGCCCUUUGUGAGUAGAUGUGUGGUUCAGGGAGACAUGGAGAUUGGAAGCGUUAGACAAGUGAAUGUGAAGACUGGACUUCCGGCGACCACUAGUACAGAGAGGCUGGAGUUCCUUGAUGAUGAUGAGCAUGUCCUGAGUAUUAAAAUUGUUGGGGGAGAUCAUCGGCUUAAGAACUAUUCAUCUGUGAUAACUCUUCAUCCUGAGACCAUUGAUGAAAGACCAGGCACUCUAGUGAUCGAGUCAUUUGUUGUUGAUGUACCGGACGGAAAUACGAAGGACGAUACAUGCUUCUUCAUUGAGGCCUUGAUCAAAUGCAACCUGAAGUCCCUUGCAGAUGUAUCAGAGCAUUUAGCUGUGCAGAAUCGAGCAGAGCCCAUCGAGGGGCAUCAAGCCUGUGUUUGACUUGCUAAGUUGAAACCAGGAAAUGGGUGAAGGUGCGCAUUUAUGCAUCUCUGAAAGUCCUGCAGUUUAGAUACUUAUAGGUAGUAGAUAAUGUAUUUAAGUAACGUCUGCAGAAUGGAAUGUUUUUCAGUAGAAAACGUAGGUGAAUUGAUGAAUGGCGUUUUCCAUUUACUCCAUCUCUCAACCAGUUUUUGGCUUCGUUUGAGACAUUUUUUUUACUGCUUCUUAAAGCAGCUUUCGAGUACAAAAAUUUUAAAUUUUUAUACUAGAAAGUUAUUUUAGGAAGCAGUAUGAAAGCCGUUCCAAACGAAACUUUAAACCUCCAUGUAAAUGAAGUCAGCAGGAGAAAUUUUGAAGGGGAUGAACUGCAAUUUGUUUAGCAGGUUCUCUUGCUUAAGCAGUUGUGUAUAUGUUUCAUUUCAUCAUCUCUAGUAUCUUUUAAACAUAGCAGGGUAUAAUGCCUCUGUAGAACUAGCUAUCAGUCUGUUUUUUUUGUGUUUUUUUCUUCAAGUUGUCUGCUUGCAUAGUUGCAUCUCUCCUUUUUCUAUUUUCUAUGGAUGUUUCUGGUGUAUGUUCUGUUUGUAAAUAAUACAUUGUUGUUGCAGA